AUGGGUCGCCAGGAGCAGAGCCGCGGUGGCAGCCAGGACUGUGGCGUGCCGGAGCGGGAGCGGAGGGAAAGCCAGAGGCUGGAGGUUUCCCACGUCUGGCUCUCCAUCCCUUUCACUUGCAUUUACAUUGCGUCACUUGCGGGGAACUGCACAAUCCUCUUUGCCACCGGGACCGAUCCGAGCCCCCACGAGCCCAUGUACCAAUUCCUGUCCUUGAUGGCCAUCACCCUUUUGGUUUCGUCUCUCUCUACAAUGCCAACUGUGAUGAGUGUUUUCUGGGUCAACUACAGGGAAAACAGUUUCAGAGAAUGUUUUGCUCUGCUUUACUUUGUUCAUUUCCUCUCCUUUGUGGAGUCCUCAGUGCUUCUGGCCAUGGCCUUUGAUUGUUAUGUGACCAUCUGGUACCUGCAGAGAUACUCCUCCAUCCUCAGCAGUGCCAGGAUAGGCAGGAUUGGGCUGGCUGCUCUGCGCGGAUACCUCUUAGGAGGGCUGCCAUCACUCUUCUUGGUGAGAAGGUUGCCCUUCUGCCAGUCCCAUGUGCUCUCCCACGCCUUCUGCCUGCAUCAGGACCUGAUCAAGCUGGUUUGUGCAGACAUCAUAUUCAACAGCGUGUACAGGUUAGCUGUUGUCAUCCUCAUAGUGUUACUAAACCCAUUGCUCAUUGCUUUGUCAUAUAUUGUGAUUUGUAAGACAAUUGUGAGCAUCGCAUCCCAGAGGGAGCAUCUCAAGGCUUUGAACAACUGCCUGUGCCAUAUCCUGGCAGUCCUGAUCCUGUACAUCCCCAUGGGUGGCUUGUCCAUGGUUUAUCAUUUCAGCAAGCAUGCUUCCCCUCUCAUUCGUGUCCUUCUGGCCAACAUCUACCUGCUGGUUCCCCCUGCACUGAACCCCAUCAUCUACAGCAUCUACAUGUAA